AUGGCAUUACCAGAAGAAAAGAAAAAGCCAUCGUUAAAGAGACAGUUGGGAUUAAUAAAAGCUACUAGCUAUAUCACGGGUGGAAUUAUAGGAGUCGGGAUUUUUAUCGGCCCGGCGCCUAUUUUAAAAGGGGCCGGAUCAUCUAUAGGAAUCUCCCUAACUAUAUGGGUAUUUUGCGCAUUAUUAGGGUACUGUGGUGCAAUGUGUUAUGCUGAAUUCGGUACAAGAAUUCCAAAAUCAGGCGGAACCUAUACCUACAUUCGGGAAGCCUUUGGGGAUGUGGCGGGUUUCACGUUUCUAUGGAGUCAGGUGGUGUUUCUCCGACCUCUGGCCACUCUCCUAGGGUCACUUGCAGCAGCUGAAUAUAUCGUCAGUCCAUUCUUUUAUGGGUGUUUUCACAUAGCACCUCCUUCUUCUAAAUUUCUAACAGCAGUUAUUAUUAUAGGAUUUGUAGUAGCAGUAAAUUGUUACAGUGUAAGUUGGGGAGGUUCUAUACAGACUCUAGCAGCUGUUUGUAAAGUUUCAGCUUUGGUUGUUAUCGUAAUCAGUGGUUUAGUUCAUCUUUUUCAAGGAAAUGUUGAGAAUUUCUCCGAUGCAUGGAAAACUGACGGUACUAUAUCACCUCAGAGUAUAGUCUUAACAAUCUACGUCUGUACCUACGCCUAUAUCGGCUGGGACAAUAUCACAACAGCUACAGAAGAAAUAUCAAAUCCAAAACGAAACAUACCAUUAUCCAUACUAAUAGGAUUCACUAUAUCUACAGUAGUUUAUCUGACGGCGAAUGUAGCUUAUCAUACCAUCCUCACCAAUAAAGAAAUUAUGUCUGGGGUCGCAGUCGCUGUGGUGUUUUGUGAAAGGUUGUUUGGACCUGGUAAAUAUAUUAUUCUAGCGUGUAUUGGAAUCUCGGCAGGGGGGAUAACAAAUACUAUUAUGUUUACAGCCUCCAGAAUAAAUUUUGUAGGAGGUAGAGAUGAAUUAUUCCCUACAUUUUUAAGUAUGUUGCAUAUUGAGAGAAGAACACCAAUUCCUUCUAUAAUAGUUCUGGCUAUAUUUACCUUACUAUAUAUGUGUAUAUAUGACGUCCUGACCAUACUCGGUGCCUAUUCGUUUUUCCGGUCCUGUGGAGAAAUAUUAGCUAUUUGUGGAAUGUUUAGGUUACGAAGACUCCACCCUGCUACAGAGAAAACAUUUUUAGCUCCAACCAUCAUUCCAGUGUUUUAUUUACUAGCCUAUGGGUGUAUUAUCCUAGUCGCGAUCAUCUCAGACCCUGCCACCUUCUUACCUGGUAUCAUAAUAACAUCACUAGGUGUUCCUGUCUACUGGAUUACUAAAACUACAUGGUGGAGACGUGGUCUUGCUGUUACUUUCAGUGAUAAAGUGAUCACAGUUUUCCAGAAAUUAUUCUUGUGUGAUAUUGCUACUAAAAUUAUUACAGAAGAAUAA